GCAAACUCCUCCUCUACGGACGGGCUUGCGCUUUUCUUCCACUUGAACAACCAAGUAGUUUUCAGAGCGCAUUCCCCGGCAGCAAUGUGGAGGGAAAGGGCGAGCACGUCCAGCUGAACCUUUUGUUUUUUUAUACUUUUGCACGUCUUUUGUUAUUUCUCUUUUUCUAGUUAUGAACUUUGUUUACGUUGGGGGCCCACAUAACAAAUUGUCGGUUCUCGGGGAAAGCAAGCGAGUCCGAAGUGGAGAAAACUGCAGCCCGUGUCGUUGUUGUUUUUUUCCCUUUUUCUUUCCUCAUUUUUUUCUUCUUUUUUUAAAAAAACUUGAGCAGUUGUUCUCUUACGCAUGGAUAUUAGGAGAUGAAAUCGGACGUGUUGCUCGUUCUUGAAUAACCUCGCUGUCGCGCGUGCUGUAGUUUAUGUGGUCUCCGGACUCUUGUAGGAGGAAAGAAAGUCCCAUUCCUCAGCGGCACAAAAAGUAGAGACACACAGGGACCGUAAGUUGUCCACAACCUGCGAAGGAGACGAAACUUUGCCAAGUUUGCGGCGCAUCCGGCCACCGACGCCAAGCUUUCAUCGAUUUUUUCUGUCGCCGUUGCAAACUUUUAAUUGUGGAUUAUUAACUCAAGGCUCGACAUGGAGCACGGGAUCAAGUUCAGAGGAUGAAAAAGGAGUUUUAAAAUAUGAACAUUUUCUUGUAGUUUACUGCUCCAGUGGUUCGCUUGGACUACGCUGAUCAGAUAAAGAAAGAAAAAAAAAGAAGAAAAGGUCAAUUGUUGCGUUUGUUUUUCGUCCUCCUUGAUACUCUCCACUCGUCUGCGAAAAUGCCACAGUUAAACGGAGGUGGUGGGGACGAUUUGGGGGCCAACGAUGAAAUGAUAUCGUUUAAAGACGAAGGGGAGCAGGAGGAAAAGAUCUCCGAAAAUGUGUCAGCGGAAAGGGAUUUGGAUGAUGUGAAAUCCUCCUUAGUGAACGAGUCGGAAAACAAUAGCAGCUCAUCAGACUCGGAGCAAGCAGAGAGGCGCCCCCAAACCAGACCCGACUCAGAAAGUUAUGAGAAAACAAGAGACUACUUCAGCGAAGCACUGAGAAGACAGCAAGAUGGUGGCUUUUUUAAGAGUCCACACUAUCCUGGCUACCCGUUUCUCAUGAUCCCAGACCUCACCAAUCCAUACCUUUCUAAUGGUUCGCUGUCUCCCAGUGCAAGAACAUACUUGCAGAUGAAAUGGCCACUUCUAGAUGUCCCCGGAUCCGCAGGACUAAAGGAUUCUCGCUCUCCGACACCUGGCCAUUUAUCCAAUAAAGUCCCAGUGGUACAGCAUGCUCACCAUGUCCACCCGCUGACGCCCCUCAUCACCUACAGCAAUGAACACUUCUCCCCUGGCACGCCGCCAUCGCACCUCUCCCCAGAGAUCCUUGACCCAAAGACAGGUAUUCCUCGGACACCUCACCCAUCAGAACUGUCUCCAUACUACCCCCUGUCUCCUGGUGCAGUCGGUUCCAUUGCACACCCUCUCAGCUGGCUCAUGCCACAGCAGGGCCAGCACAUGUACUCCAUCCCUCCGGGGGGAUUCCGUCACCCCUAUCCAGCGCUAGCAAUGAAUCCAUCCAUGUCCAGCUUGGUGUCCAGCCGUUUCUCCCCUCACAUGGUCACCCCACCUCCGCACAGCCUCCACCAGACCGGCAUUCCUCAUCCGGCCAUAGUUUCCCCAGCCAUCAAGCAGGAGCCCAGCGGUGACAUCAGCCCCUCGAUGCACGCCAGAAAGUCCCCCGUUCCUGCCAAGAAAGAAGAGGACAAGAAGCCUCAUAUCAAGAAGCCUCUGAAUGCUUUUAUGCUGUAUAUGAAGGAGAUGAGAGCCAAAGUGGUGGCAGAGUGCACUCUGAAAGAGAGCGCGGCCAUCAACCAGAUCCUUGGAAGACGGUGGCAUUCCCUGUCAAGAGAGGAGCAAGCCAAAUACUAUGAGCUGGCCAGGAAAGAGAGGCAACUUCAUUCCCAGCUCUAUCCGGGAUGGUCAGCACGAGAUAACUAUGGAAAGCGGAAAAAGAGGAAGAGAGAGAAUAAACCAGACUCAAAACCAGAGGACUUCUCGAUAAGAAGCAAGAAGCAGUGCGUGCAGUACCUGACCUCGGAGAAGAUGUGCGACAGCCCCGCGUCGUCACACGGAAGCAUGCUGGACUCACCGGCGACUCCCUCCGCAGCCUUGGCCUCCCCCGCCGCCCCCGCUGCCACUCACUCUGAACAGGCCCAGCCGCUAUCGCUCACCACCAAACCGGAGGGGCGCAUGCAACACCACUUCUCGAUACCUGGGAAAGCUUCCGGGUCCACAUCCUCCUCUUCCUCAUCCUCCUCUUCCUCCACCCCUUCCUCUUCCUCCUCCCAUCCCACCAUGUCCAUCCCCGUUGGUACUUCAGGUAGCCAGUCAAACACACCCAUCCUCACCCGGCCAAUCCCCUUCACCUCUCUGCACCCCUCCAUGCUGUCUCCCCCUUCGCCCUUCCACCAGGCCCUUCAUUCCCAUCAUGCCCUGUUCCAGUCGCAGCCCCUCUCCUUGGUUACCAAACCAACUGAAUGAAUUCACAAAGGCAAUUUUUCUUUCCUCCCCAUUUAUUGUGCUGUAUAUUGAUUGCUUUUCUUUUAAAAAAAAUAGUUAUUAGAACAACUUUUUUUUCUAAAUAAUGAAAAGGAUGAAAUAUUAUUGGUCAAUAUUUGACCGUCUCCUUUUCUACAUCUCUCAAUGAAAACAAAAAUGUAUUUUUUGUAAAGUUUACUGCAGAACUGGUUUCUUUUUUUUUUUUGUUUUGGUUUGUUUUUUUGUUUUUGUUUUUGAUGCAUUUAUCCAAUGAACCUCUUGUAUAAAUGAACCUAUGUACAUAGUUUCUUUUAUAAAAGCAAAAAAGAAACAAAAAACACACUUUUACUUUAGCCAAAACCUGAUUAAUGUUAGUAUGAAGUUUAAGUCUUAGUACUGGCCAAUAAUUGCAACCCCCUUCUCCCCCCCAACCCCUCUUUUUUUUUUUUUUAAAUUCACGAGUGUGUGCCCCUUCUCUGACAUGUUAAAUAAACAUUUGAAAUUGUUUCUUAAAAGAAAUAUCUCAAGUCUGUCUUUUCAAUUCUGCUUCUGGUCGUUUAACGAGGAGAAAUUGCUUUAACGAGGUGAUGUGGUUUGGAUUAGCGUUCCUAUAAAAAGUGACCACAGGGCAUGACACUGUAGGUGUAGAAAAUCACAUUUAAAGACAAGUAUGAUUUUAUCAGGGCUGCAUUUAAACUGGAGGGGGCAGCCAAACAAAAAACAAACACAGCUGUCAUUUUUUUAUGCCUGCAUUAUCCUUCAGCGCUAACGUGAGAACGUCUUCAGCAAAACCCUCCUGACGGUGGCAAAGACUUUAAUGUUUAAUAAAGCAGAAUUAGGCUAACCACACUGGAAAAUGAGUGCCUGAGCCAGGGUAAUGGAAAUUUCAAGCCCGGUAUAGACGCAAAUAAAAAAAUAAUAGACAUCUGCUCAUUCUUGGAAUGUGGCAUCCCUCAACAAUGACUAAAAAAAAAAAAAAAGCAGGUCAACCCUCCAUCCCAGUGCACCGUACCCUACUCGGGCUCCCCUUUCUUUCCUUUUGCACUUUUGCUGCAUCUUUAUUCACCGUUUGGCACACUGCUUAGGCUUUAAUUAACUCAGAGGUAAUGGGAUGGAGCCCUUGGGACCUCAUUAGGCAUUUCAAUUAGUGAAAAAAUACACAAGGUAGGUUACAGUUUUUGGUGGCUUUGGAGAUGAGUAGUAGUGCCAGGGAUGGACCAAUUAUGUGGGAGCAGAGGGGGGGAGGCCGGCCAGGAGGAGAUAACUUGCAACCCCUCUAUCUACCAAUUUAACUUAAGCAAGAUGUUACCUGCUGCAGGGAGCUGGGAAAUGUUACUUUUUCACAUGCAUUUACAUAUAAAGAAGACUUAACGAUAACAUAGAGAACGAUCUGUCUGUCUUAGCUGAUUUUCUACAUUCAGAUGAAACAUAAAUAAUCAAUGACAUUCUCACAGAGGCAUCAUCCAUUUGCCGCCAGCAAAAAAAAGGUGGCCUGUGUCAUAUAUAUUUUUAAAAUUCACUUUAAACAUUGUUGUAAAACUGCAGAGCGGCGGGACUGAAGAUGCGUUUCUGUUUGGGGCCUUAUAUAGUAGAGGCACCAAACUGUCAAGUGUGCCCUGCUCUGUUUUAAGCAAUCAUUAGGCACAAUAAGCAUUUGCUUGUUUGCCAUUCUAUCUUACAUCAUUCCAGACACAAACCGCUCGUGCUCUGAUGCCACGGCUGCCUGCUCUGAGCCACCUCACCAAUCCAUCAGUGAAAUUACAGGUAAUGAGUUGUCAAAACAGUCAGCAAAUCUGUCUCCUCGAGGCCAUGCAUGCAGCCCGGCAUUCAAUUCUCCAAAGACAGUACCCCUAUUAUGAAGCCCAGUCUCUAAGUGAAUAAGUUCAUAUGUGCAGGUAAAUACAUUUCCAUACCCGUGCCUGCUUAUUAUUGUUAUUUUUUAAAUGUUAAAUUGGUCUUGCUAUAUUGAAAGAAAUAUUUUUAUUUAAUCACACCAUCCACUUGAAACCAAACAGAGGCUAUCUUGCAGUCAGCAUGUAACACACGGCUGUUUAUCUCGAGUAACGUGUCUGGAUGCUGCUCUGCUCAACAUCUGCCAUGUAAAGCACGAGGUCAGAUUUAAUUCAUGUUAAUUUUUGCUCAUUAAAUUCCUCCAAUCUCUUGCCAAGGUUCCUUUUUUGGGCCUUCCUUUGAUCUUAAAUUUAUUCCAGGUUAACCGUUUGAUACUUUACUUGCGUAAUGCUGCCUCUAGAUCUCUUAUCUGAGAAGUCACUUAAACUGUGAGCUGCAGCACAUUUAAGGCAAGGCCAGUGUUUAUGCAUGAGCAUAAUCAGGAAAAAAAAAGCUGAACCUAUAUCUGCCAUUGACUCUGUGACCUUAUAUUCCUACUAAUUACAGGAUGCUUCACAUGCGGUUUCCCAAAGUGAUAUUAAUUGAUUGUUUCUGUAGCAUUCACUGAGCUGAGCAAGCCUCAGCUGGCUCGUUUGUGAAGACAGGUAUGGCUGGCUGUGAGCUUAAGAACCUCCGUAAUGUAUUAUUCAUACCCAUUUGACCUUAAAGAUGGAAAUGCAAAUGGGUGUCAAGAAUGAGAGGGAUCAUCGGACUUUUCAAAUGUCAAAUAGCCUGCCACAAUUAAGACAAAUUCAUUACAAGAGCCUGAAGGUCUCCUGCACCCAACUGAGAUGUAAAACACCUCUAAUUAACAUUUAUAUCAUUAUCUCAGAAACUGCUGAACAUGUUCAGCUCCAAGGCCAGUGAUAUUGGUAUUGUCAUGGCUUUGUUUUGUGGUGUUUUAUUUUGGCCAUCGCUUACUAGAAGAAAUGCUUUUCCAUACCCUUUAAGUUUGGUUUAAUGUAACAAAGCAAAGUUAACCUACAUAGAUAAAGGCACAAGUAAAGUGUUUUUUUUAAUUGCACUACAUGCCAAUACUGCCAUCUGCUGAUAAGGUGAAAUGACACGCGUGAAGGAAAAAUAUCAACAAUGUCUACACUUAACCCGUGUGUGGCAGUAUAACACAAAUGAGACCCCCAUC